AUGCCAUGUCCCAGUCCACCUAAAUGCCUUGUUCCAGAUGUACCGGCACUUCUGCUUAAACUUGAGGAUCAACCGAAAGGCCGAAUCGACACCAAACCACUCGAUUCAGCUACUUAUUCUCUCGCUCGUGAGCAACAUCGAACGCGUCUUGAAGCAAUCCAGGAAGACACGAAAGUCCACGCACUUCUCGCUGAUAUUCGGGCCUCCAGCUUAGCCAGCGUCUACAAAUUCACGCCACUAUUCAAGCUCUAUGCUCGUCGACGACUGCGUUCACGAUGGCACGUUUGGCGUGAAUACGUAGCAUGGCAUGAUGAAGAACAACGACGCCUCGAAACUCUUGCUCCGUUCGCAGUUCACAUCCAGCGUGUGUUCCGGUUUCGCAGUCAACGUUGGGCUCGACGUCGUCGGAACUUGCAGGCUUUAUAUGCCCAAUGGGAAGCCGCUCGUACGGUUCAAUGCUGUGUGCGCAAAUGGUUAAACCGACGAGAACGCUUACUGAACCUCACAGUCCUGCACGCAGCACAGCUUCAGGCUGCAUGGAGAGGUCGAGUGACUCGAAAACAAGUAAAACGAGAUCUCCAGACUCGAUUGAGACUACUUCUCGCCUCCAUUUCUCCAACUGGGAACCUCCAUCGCUUACACGAAAUCGCGCGUGGAGAUCGUAGAUUAGCCACAAAGUUGAACGCCAUGCUGGUUCUUGUCACGGAGACACACGUCGCUGUCGAAGUAUCUCGAGGUCAACAACGAGCCCCGAAGAGCGCAGCCAUAGCAGCUCGAAAUGCUGCUCGUCCAGUCGAAGCCACACGUCGACAGCUCUUCCAUGCUGUCCAUGAACUGCGUCAACUUGUUGCUAAACGAGAACAACAAUUACAAGCAGCCAAGGAGAGAUUCUUGGAGGCAAAACGAGCUUGUCAUGAACAGAAGCGUGAGGCUCAUGAAGAGAUUUUGAGGAAGGAAUUGGCACAAACUACCGAUAGAUUAGCGCAAGCUCGUGAACGUGAGCUGAUGCAUCGUGUAGAACUGGAAAUGCGCGAGUUUAUGCGAUCUCUGCGUACACUUGAAGAGGAUAUGAGGAUUCGACAAACGCUUAAACGCAAACGUCGAGAACAAGAAGAGAACGCGCUCAUGUUGAUCGAGGAGUAUCAAACGCGGUACGUUGUGGCGGAAAAUCAACGUCGAGAGCUUGAAGCUCGUGAUCGACUGCUGGAAGUGUCCAAGCGCGAGAAAUUCUUCCAGGAACGAGCACAACGACAACUACGAGACAUGGAAGACAUCAUGCGGAUAGACGCAGAGAAGAAGGACGAACUGGAGCGUCAACGUUUGAUAGACCGUGAAGAAGAGAAAACCCAUUGGGCUGACUUGUCUAAAGUAGCGAAGAUCGAAGCACAAAAACGUUUAAGACGACGAGAACAAGAGGAAGAGGAAAUACGAUGGCGUUUAGAAGCCGAGCACGACGGUGAACGAGCAAGAUUGAGGGAGAAUGAACAUCUGAAGGAAGAAUUACGCCGGCAAAAGUAUGGAGAGAUGAAGAAGGAACAGAAAGAACGAGAACUAAUGGACGAAGCUGAUAAGAGCAGUCGUCGAUGGCAUUUCGCUGAGAAAAAGAACGCUGCAGUCGAACAUUGGGAAGUGAAGCGUGAGAAGGAGAGGACCAAAUAUUCUCUUGAUCCGCUACAAUUCGCAAAGGUGGAGACGCAGAAGGCACUUGAGGAGCGUCAACGUCGUGAGAAUAAUUUAAUGCGUGAUGAAGAUUCACGGAGCAGAAAUGUCGAAGAGAAAGAGCGCAAAGAAGCGUAUUUCAAGCUGUGUCGAGACAGAAAACGUCUUCGAGAUAUCGAGCGCCGACGUGAAGCUAACGAGACUGCGAUGAUGCGAAUUGAAGACGAACACGACGAGAUGAUCAGGAGAAUACAGCAGAAAGCUGAGGAGUACAGGAACACGCUCGAGCAGAUGCAGAAAAUGGCUUACCAAGUGGCCAACAAGCAGAAAGAUCGACUACAAGAAGCGAGAAACCGUACACUAAUGUACGACGAAGAGAAUCAACAGCGACGAGUUCAACAAGCGCAACUGCAACUUGAUCGUAUUCUUGAGAAACACGAACGAGAAGCCAUGGAGGAGGAAGGCAGAAGAGCUCAAAAUCUGGAUACACUCGAGGCUCGCUUGCAUGAUAAACGCGUUAGAGAGAAACGAAAUAUGCAUAUGAUGCGAGAAGAUGCUAUUACGAUGGAACGCCAGGCCUGGGAAGAUGAAGGUACGCAGCUGGAGAAGUUACUGUGGUCUCCUCAAGAAGCCACAGCGCUACGUCACAUGGUGGUCGACUAUCCUCAUUUUUUAAGAUUAAAUGUCGAAGUAUUCAUGGAGUUUGUUGAGAAGUUCAAAGGCCACCCGCCUCUCGAUCUGGACUACGACGCCGUUAGAGCUCACUUGGCGAUCGAACAUACCCUAACGGAGGAUAACAUUCCUCCAAAGAAGAGGAAAGCACGUCGGUUUUUCUACCACGAGUUUUUCGACAAGGACCCCAUCAUGGAAGAGAUUUAUCGACGAAGAUUCCCACAGCCCGAGCCACCGACAAGUGGUCCUGGAAGUACGAAUCAACAGACUCGUGACCGCUGGAAAAAGGUGGCAGCUCAUUUCUUGGGGCGGUCGUGGGGGUCCGAAGCAUCUCGACGAGGCUUUUUGCUCAUGCAGAAUGGAGAGUACGCAGCGGCUUGCAAAUGUCUUCUCGAAGCUGUUCACAGCAUGCAGUACACUCGAUUCGAGGACCCUUCUGCACCUUGUACGUAUCAGGAUGUCCCUCCUGCUUUGCUACGACAACUCGGACGAUGUCUUCUCAAACAUUAUCAAGCCUGUUUCCAGUGGGAUUAUCUGAAUAAGUCCUUGUUCUUCUUCCAGAAGGCAAGUACGCACUUAAUGUUCUUGAGUAACCCGUCCUUCUUACAAGAAAUCGCCUUCGCCCUUGAACUCAACCGAGACUACAGACAUGCUGCUGAAAUACUGGGCGGGGUCAUCCUGUGUUUUCCUCGCUAUACUCGACUGAUAGAGGUUAUCUUCCGUGCUGGCAUUGUUAUGAUUUCCUUAAAAAUGUUUCGACAAAGUCGCGAGUAUGUUCUCCAUACAAUGGACGCUUCGCCUUUCGGCUGGAAAUCUGUCGAUAUCGUGCUUCUAGCUGCUCGAAUCAUGGAACUUGAGGGCAAAUCUAGUCGAGCACUGUGUGCUGUAGCCUACGAAGACGCGUACCGGAAGGUCUUGAGAGGAUCUCAACACUACGUGUACUCAACUUGGCAAGACUGGAUCAAAGCUCCCGAGACAUGGCGAGAGCUUGGAGACCGAUACUUAGAACGUCAGGAACUCGUCCUGGCAAAAGAUGCCUAUCUGGUGAUGAGGAAGCGCCAAACACACAAAUCUUCCGAAUUGACCUCGAAACGCAAAGCUGUAAUGGCUGCGCUUCGACGACAGCAGACCGACAAGGAGAUACCUGUAUCGAUGUUUGACGACUCGGAUUGGAUGCGUUUGAGCUGCGCCUUCGCUCUGCUGAAUGACCGAUCAAAAGCCGUGACUGCUAUGGGAAAUUGGCUUCGUGUAGGCGGGGGAUAUCGGGCUCGAGUAGCGGAGCGCUUUCAUCGUUGGCCGCUUGUAAGAUGGAAGCUCUUGACUGGAAUGACUGUACCUGCGAAAGUUACGCAAUGGCUGGACGAUCAGCAAAAAGCGAAGACCGAAGCGGACACUCAGCUUCGAUUGGAGCGUGCAGCCAAGCGACAAGAAGCUCUUCAGCAGCGUAAAGAACUCAACAAAAUGCUUCCUUCAUUGCUACUAAAGGAACCGCACAAGAGACUGAAGAGGACGACACAAUUGUCGUAA